CGCACGCGCGUAUCUUGAGAGCUGGAGUUUUAUUUUGCUGCCUCGCGACUCAUCUUCUGCUCGUUUGUUCCAUUGUCCACGAGUCUUAAGCUAAGAAACUGUUCCAUAUCGGUUGGUGACAGUUUUGGACCAGGUGACGGGAUUUUUUCCCCCUUAUAUACUCUGGAUGUGCAUUCUGACCAACGAUGUUUCAAUGGACCUGAAUGAGGAAGGAUUAUUUUGGUAGUCAAAACAAUAAAUUGCUUGUUCGAACAAACUAAGCGAGUGUUGCCCACGGAUAAUAAACGCAAUGAUCAUCGCCGUGAUUUACAUCGUUUUACCAUUGUUUGAUGUGCUGUUAUCUGCUGAGGACUCUUUCUUUACUAGUGCAAACCGCUUGGACUGUGUCAAGGCGAACGAACUCUGUCUGAAGGAACCGGGAUGCAGCACAAAGUAUCGAACUAUGAGGCAGUGCGUAGCGGGGAGGGAGAGCAACUUCAGUAUGGUGACUGGAAUGGAGGCGAAGGAUGAAUGUCGGAUUGCUCUGGACGCUCUAAAGCAGAGCUCCUUGUACAACUGCCGGUGUAAAAGAGGCAUGAAGAAAGAGAAGAACUGCUUGCGCAUCUACUGGGGAAUCUAUCAGCAUUUACAGGGGAAUGAUUUACUUGAGGAUUCACCAUAUGAGCCUGCGAACACCCGGCUUUCAGAUAUAUUUCGACUGGCCCCCAUCUAUUCAGAGGAAGGGACUAGUGACGGUCCCUGGAGCAGUCCCGUCACCGUGGCCCCACGGAGAGGGCCCCAGGGCAGGUCAAGACCACUUGAGCCUCAAGACCCCAGUAGAAACAGGAGGGCACACCCAAACUGGGCUAUUCUGGGUGAGCCAGCUCUGGCAAAGGAAAACAACUGCUUGAAUGCUGCAAAGGCCUGCAACUUAAACGACACCUGUAAGAAAUACCGUUCGGCUUACAUAAGCCCCUGCACAAGCCGGGUCUCAACGGCCGAAGUAUGCAACAAGCGGAAGUGCCACAAGGCACUGAGACAGUUCUUUGACAAGGUGCCUCCCAAGCACAGCUACAGUAUGCUCUACUGCUCCUGUCCUCUAGGAGAUCAGUCCGCCUGUUCUGAGCGCAGACGCCAGACCAUCGUGCCAGCCUGUUCGUAUGAGGACAAGGAAAAGCCUAACUGCCUGGCAUUGCAAGCUUCCUGCAAAACCAACUACAUCUGCAGGUCUCGCCUGGCUGAUUUUUUCACUAACUGUCAGCCGGAACCUCGCUCUCUCUCAGGCUGUCUGAAGGAGAACUAUGCUGGCUGCUUGUUGUCAUACUCUGGUCUCAUUGGUACGGUUAUGACCCCAAAUUAUCUGCGUUCCCCCAAAAUCAGUGUGUCUCCAUUCUGCGACUGUAGCAGCAGUGGCAACAGCAAAGAGGAAUGUGACAGAUUUACAGAGUUCUUCACUGACAAUGCCUGCCUACGUAAUGCGAUCCAAGCGUUUGGAAAUGGGACAGACGUGAGUGUGUGGCAGCCAGUGCCCCCAGUGCAAACAACCACCUCUAUUACAACACCAUCCCAGAGGGCCAAGGAUCGAGAAAGAUCACCCAACGCUAUAGAGCCGGCGACACACAUCAACCACCUGAACCCUGGAGAUAACUCCCUCUACCAGUUCUGUGGCAGCCUCCAGGCUCAAAAGCUGAAGGCAAACAAUACAAUCGAUGUGUUAUGUGUGGACCCACAGAUCGAUGACCCCAGCUCCUCCAAUGCCAUCUCCAGGAACUCCUCCAUUCGACAAGCAUCUCUAUCAGGUCUUAUCUCUCUACUGCUCCUGCUGGCUAUCUCCUUACACUGCAUUCUCGCGGCUGCACCGUCCCUUGCAGUGAUGUUGUAGCCAUCUAAGAACAUAAAACUCGGACAGUCUCAAUUUGUACAAAGUCAGUCCUGUUCCUGGUCAAACUGUUGUACUCUCUCUCUUUCUGUCUCUCUCGCUGUUCUUUCUGGUUCUCUUUUUGAGAGCUUUUGUUAAUGCUGUGUUGAUGCAACAAAACAAAGUCAUCUUGGUGUACUCGACUUGCUGUCUCUUCCCUCUUGAUUUUGCACUGGAAGAUGAAACAUUAGAAAGACAUUUGAGGAAAAAAGGGUCUGAAUUCAUAAGGACUCACAGUGGUAGAGAUAAAUCUAUGUAUGCAUAUGGGUUAGCCAUAGAGUGUGCACUAUUCAUUGCUCACUGGAAAACCAAUUACACUAAGACACUAUAGAACGUUUGUAAUUUAUGAGGUUGAGGCCACUUUCUUUUCAUCAUCUUUUUUUUUUCUUUUUUUUAGUGUCACUGAUCCUUCUGUAGAUCCAACAUAUCAAAAAAUUCACUUUCAAAAACAUUAAAAAAAUAAAAAAACAUGCCAUAGAAAGUGAGAUGAGUGUUUAAAGAGAAGAGUAAUCAAAAGUCUCCAGUCAAAGCAUUAACUGGAUGACUUGACCUACAGGACAGUAGCUUACCUGAAAGUACAUAUAGAGGCCUGUUUGACAAUUUUGCUCUUGUCAUGGUGUGUUUGUGUAUCCCUGUUUGUAUGUCUGCUUGUUUGAAUGUGUCCGAGAGUAAGGGAUAAGGUCAUGGGUUGACUGGACGAAUAUGUCAAUAGAACUGGGGUUUCAUAACCCCUACAUUAUGCUAUAGUUUACAGUGCAAAUAUGGACCGAGGGCAGAAAAAAAACAUUGUUUUUUACAUAAUCAGAUAUUUCACUUUGUCAAAGUUCCACAUUACAAUUACAUACAUAACUGUAAAUUACACAUCAUCAAUCACCAGGCAAAACCAACUAGCAUCCAUGUAUCUAUGAGUGUAUAUUCAUAUUGCCUUUAUGAUAUUGCUUUAACAGGGAUUUUCAUACUUUGGCCCAAAUGAAAUGCGCUAAAAAGUCAUAUAUGUAUUAUAUAGCCAGUCUUUUGUACUGUAUGUCUAUAUAAAAGUUACUAAAAGAAUCAAUAUCAGUGAUUCAUUAGCUGCAUCACAAUUAUCACAGAGUAUUUACAAGAUCUUUUUCAAAGUACACAAAUUAUUUACAUAACACAUCAGUAUGUGGCAUGUGAGGUUAUCCACCUCAGUGGUAUACAUUAAAUGAGUUUAUGACAUGCUGCUUUGGUUCAUGUGGCAUUUUGAACAAAAAAUGAUGCAUUGUAGUAUGGCAGGUUAUUUACAGAACAUUUUAAGUGCUACAGGAAACACACAUAUACAGUAUAUGUUUAUAGAGCCUGCUAUAUUUGAAUUGGGAUCUGGUUGUACAGUACAGUGUAUCAUCAUUUUGGAAGAGGAUGUAUUCCUUUUUUUUUUUGAUGGGCUGCUUUUGAUUUUGGGAUGCGUGGAGCAACACAAAGUUGCUGUGAAUGUGUUUGUUUGAGAUGGGAGAAGGACAGUAAGAAUCCCACAUUGUAAAAACAAUAUAUAUUUCUGUACAUACAGUACAUUCACAUCUCAUUGCUUCAGAGCAUUUAUUCUCAAUGCAAACACUCGACUCCUCCACAAUCUGUCACAUUUCUUCUUAGCUUGUGAAAUUGUAAAAAGUAUUCUAUUAAAACAAUUAAAAAUGUUGACUCAUUCACCCUUA